AUGUUACUUGAAGAAGGAAUGUCGAGCAAAACAAAUGAGGGCAUAAAUGUCAUAAUACAUCAUUUUGCUGAAGAAGUGGCUGAUUUCAUAAUUGAAGACAAUACAAAAAGAAAAAAGAAGUUGGAGGAAAUCCAAAUAGUAAUAUCUGAUUACAGAGUCAACACAAUAGAGCAAGCAUCAAUGUUAGAUUCAAACAACAACAUUUUCGUGUUGGCUUUUGGAAUAGCAGACUCUGAAAAUGAUAACUCAUGGCUUUGGUUCUUCUCCAAACUAAGAGACACCUAUGGAGAACCCAAAGUUUCCGACAGACACAAGAGUAUAGACAAUGCAGUACAUAUGGUGUACCUAAAUGCUUUCGAUGGAGCUUGCAUGUUUCACUUGCUCAAUAAUUUGAAAAGAAAGUAUGGAAGCCAUGGAGAAAAGCUACAAAUGAAAUUCAUUGUAGCAGCAAAAGCAUACACAAAAACAAAAUGUGAACAGUACAUGAGAGGCCUUGAUAGACUUGACAGACGCAUUAGACCCUAUUUAGAGAAAGCCAAGUAUGAAACUUGGGCAAGAUCAUACUCACCAACAAAAAGAUACACCAUGAUGACAUCCAACAUCGCAGAAUCACUCAACGCUGCACUAAAAGCUGCAAGAAAUCUCCCCAUUGAUAUCUUUGUUGAAUGCCUUAGAAGUUUGGUUCAAAAGUGGGUUUGGAACAACUCAAAUAAUGCAAACGAAACAUUCACAAAAGUCUCUACAGCAACAGAGAAUGAAUUGAGACAUGACAUUGUUUCAAAAAUGAAGUUUCAAGAAGAUGAAAUGUCUUGUGGCCAUGCAGUAGCUGUCCUUGCAAAGAGAAACUUGAGUGUGUAUGAUUAUUGUGCAAAGUUCUACAGAACAGAAACAUUGAAAGCAUUGUAUCAAGAAAAUGUUCAUCCUUUGCCCCAUAAAGAUGAAUGGAAUCUCCCACAACACUUGGACAUAAUGGUGCUGCCUCCAAAGACAACAAUCCUUGCAGGAAGACCAAGAAAGAAAAGAAUAAAGAUCAAGAGGGGAACCUAA